AUGAUCGAUGUACCUGAUCAAAAAUUAUCAUUUCUAAUACGACAUCGUCCAACAAAUGAUAUUGUUGCAGUAAUUACAGGUACUGACCUAUAUUUACAUUGUAAAAAACAUCCAUAUGAUGCAUUCAGUCCUCCAUCUGACCCAGUGCAAGAUUUAUAUGCAGAAAUGCUUAAUCAAUUUGUUCACUAUAAUUUUGGCAAAGAAUUAAAACCAAAUAUGGUUUUAAAGAUUUCAGCUGGUGCGACACGAUUCGAUCAUGCAGGUAAAGGUUUAGCUGCUAAACUACGUGCCCAUUUAUGUAAUUAUGCACGAGAUACACAAGGAUUUCAAUAUGUAUUUAUACAAAUAGGUCAUUCAGCAACACUUCAUAUGUAUGUUAAAAAAUGA